AUGUUCAACGGAGGCUUCGGUACCGGCCUCUUGGCCGCCUCGGCUCUGUUCCUCCCUGGCAUCUGCUCUGCAGCCGCGUUUGAGGCUCCGGAACCGUUGGCGAUUCGUGUGCCGGCUACGCCGCGUACCGGCAUUGCUCCUUGUGAUGCCCUUAUUGCCGCUGGCCUCGGAGACCGUCUGGUUCUCGCGACGGAUGAGGGCUACGAGAGUCGUAUCGCGACCUACUGGUCUGUGAGCGCUCGCCUGAGAUCGUGGUGUCUCGUUCAACCGAGGAACACGCAAGAGGUGUCGGACGCCCUGACUGCCUUGGUCAAGGCUGGCUCUGGUGCCGGUGACUGGCACAUUGCUGUCCGUGGAGGUGGACACAACCACUGGGCCGGAACAAACAACAUUGCCAACGGCGUGACCAUCGAUUUGGCAUACUUCAAUCAGUCCUCAUACAACGCCAGGACGAACUUGGCGUCGAUCGGACCAGGUGACCACUGGAAGGACGUCUACGCAAGCCUCCUCAAGUACAACGUCACUGUUACUGGUGGUCGCGAUGGCGGCGUCGGCGUCGGCGGUUUCCUCCUGGGCGGCGGUAACUCGUACUUCACUGGCCGUAUGGGUCUCGGAUGCGACUCAGUCGUCAAUUACGAGGUCGUGCUUGCUGAUGGUCGCAUUGUUAAUGCCAACAGCACUUCCAACUCUGACCUCUUCAAGGCUCUCAAGGGUGGAAGCAGCAACUUUGGUAUCGUCACUCGCUUUGACAUGGAGGCGAUCCCGGCCAAGGACCUCUACACCGGAAUCCACCUCAUGAGCAAAGACAACUCGGAUGCUGUUGUCGACGCCAUCGUCGACUUCACCAACAAGGACCAGUCUUUCGCUGAUGAUGCAAUGGUCGUCGUUUACACUCACAACACCGCUAUGGGCGACGACGUUCUCAUUGCUGCAUCUCGCGUCAACACCCAGGGCAACAGCAACACCACCGCCUUUGCCAAGGUCAACCAGAUCCCCGCCAUCAGCAGCGCCAUGACGCAUCGUAGCAUGUCUGACCUGGCGGUGAACUCGCAGAUUCCUGCCGGUACCCGGAGUGUUUGGUUUACUUUGACAUUCAAGAACGACGCCUCUAUUCUCAAGAGUGCUGUCGAUGCCCAUCAAGAAUUUGUCGAUACCAUGAAGGUGGCCGUCGGUGCUGAUGAGUUCACUACUCAGAUGGUUUUCCAGCCGUUGCCUACCUACUUCGCCAAGAUCGGCAGUGAGCGCGGUGGAAAUAUGUUUGGUCUCGAUGCUGAGACGGAUAACUCCAUUCUUUGGCUCGGCCUGGUGACCAUCAACACCGAGUCUCAGGAGGCUGUGGCUCGCGCCCACAUGGCUGCUGCGGCUGCGAAGAUCGAGGACUUCGCCGUCUCCGUUGACGGAAACGUCAACUGGAGAUACCUCAACUAUGCCGACCCCAGCCAGGACCCCAUUAAGACAUACGGCGGUGUCAACGUUGACUACAUUCGUAGGGUUGCAUCCAAGUAUGAUCCAGAGGGCGUUUUCCAGAAGCGCAUCCCUGGUGGCUUUAAGAUUUCCAGGGUCGUUUGA